CUAGUCCUGUUUAUUGGGACAAUCAAAGUUGCACGCAACAAACAUUUUACGCAUUUACUUGGACAAAGACGGAUCGAAGCAUCAAAACCGUGGGAAUCAAUUUGGGAAUUAGGGCUCACACUCUAAUCCAAAAUUAAAAUUAGGGCAACAAAUCUAAAAUCAUGGGAAGGCUAUUCAUAGAAACGCUGAGUGGCCCAAAGAUCUUCAAAUGCAGAUGUUGCAAGGUGGACACUGCCUCCCACAGCGAGAUCGUUUCCAAGGAUUUUCAGGGCCGUUACGGCAGAGCUUAUCUCUUCAGGAAUGUGGUGAAUAUAUCUCUUGGGCCUAUUGAAGAGCGGCAUUUGACUAGUGGAUUGCAUAUUGUGAAUGAUAUUUACUGCAGCUCUUGCCAACAAAUUCUGGGUUGGAAAUAUGAGAAGGCUUAUGAACCAAGCCAAAAGUAUAAAGAAGGAAUGUACAUCCUGGAGAAGGAGCGACUGAUGAAGGAGGGUUGGUGAAGCAAUGGACACUGGACAUUUGCAAGAUAGAACAAAGUCCAUCUCUUUGCAAUAAUAGACAGUCAAAGUAGAUUAGUAAGUAGACAGUGCUUACGCACUGGUGUGAGUUUAGGAUAAGACCUUUUGGAUUAUGAGAACCAAAUCACAAUUAUAGUGUUCUAUACAGAGGAUUUUAUGCUUUGUGUUUUCAGGAGGAUCUCCAGAAAACUAUGGGAACUAUGCCAUGGUUUGUCACAUUUUGUAGUUUAAUGAUACAGCUCAACUCAGGCACCAAGUUGCCGACAUUUUACCUACGGGCUAUCAUAUAUUCUAUUCUAUGA